AAAGAGAGAAAUUCUAGUAUUUUAAGGUAAAAAAAAGUUUUUUGAAUGAGUGUGAAACCAUUAACUACUUUUCAGUCACGUGAUUCCAGGUGGGAUAAAGUUACUCCUUCACGCUCGCAGUCCUCCGUCCUUCUUCCCCUUACAACGUCCAUUAGUCCCUGUGGUUGAUCUAAUUCCGUCAGAGCUGGUGGAGAAGGGAGGGGUAGGGGGGUCUGCUCGGAUCUGCAACACCAGCCCCAACCAGGCAAAGGGCAAAGACUCUGACCACCUCGGCUCUGUCUGUCUGUCUAUCUCCCCAGCCUCAGCCACUGGGACGGAAGUCGGCCAACUGGACCAGUUCACGCUCACUUGAGCCCGACUGACGUCUGGAACGAGAAAGCAAACUUACACAUAUAAGUGCAGAGAAUGUAAAAAAGAACAGGUGUCGAUUUUCCAGUGGAGGCCGAAACGUUUCAAGUUUUCAUCCCGGCACAUCCACACAUGGAUUGGAAUUAAAGCCUGGGAUUAAAUCUGACACUUGAGGACCUUGCUUUCAUGGAAACGUAAAAGGAUUUACUGCGGCAGGAGCAGCACUUUUAUUUUUAUGCAACGCAAUGACUGAAGCAGUUGAAGAGCUUUGAUGAGGUCAGACACUGAUGCUGGAUGAGAAGUUUCGUGUUCCAGUUCAUCCCAAAGCGCGGUCGACGACCAUCACAACCAUGGUCAUUGACAGCAAGAACGGAGACGCCGGGGCGUCGUCUUUGCAGUCGUCCAAGAAAACCUUCACAGACAACCUGUCCUCCACGUUCAGUUCCCCUCUGGCCUGGAUCUUAGUCCUCGCUCUCGUCAUUACGUGGUCGUGUGUUUUUGUCAUCAUGUUCGAUCUCAUGGACUACAAAACUAUUUCAGGUCGUCCGCCUCCGCUCGUCAGGAAGGUUUUAAAGGAUUCAGGGCGUAGAGGAGGCCUCAGCAAGAUUGGCUCGGACCCCAUGACAGCAGUGAGCGUUGUCGUGGAGGAGUCGACCAAUGUGAUCAGCUCCAUGUUGAAAUUUACUGCCAACUUGUUUGCUCCCGCAGACGAUGAAGGAAAUCUGUACGCAGUGAGAAAAAAAGGAGAAUUUCUCCCGUCUCGAAGUAAAGUUAUAGGGAUGCAAACAAAGACCAAACCACCAGUGGUUGAAGCUGAGGAGGAGGAAGAGGAGGGAGACGAAGAGGAGGCCGCUGAGGAGGAGGAGGAGUAUGCAGAAGAGGAGGAAGAACUAGAGGAGGAAGAGGAGUAUGAGGAGGAGGAAGAGGAGGAGUAUGAUGAGUAUGAGGAUGAGGAGUACGAGGACGAGUAUGAGGACGAGUAUGAAGACGAGUAUGAGGAGGAGUAUGAGGAGGAGGAGGAAUAUGAGGAGGAGGCUGGUGUUCAAGAGCAGGAGGAAGAAGAGGGAGAGGAGGAGGAGGCAUAUGAAGAUGAAGAAGAGGCUGAGGAGGAGGAGGAAGGAGAAGAGGAUGAGGGUGAAGAAGAAGAAGUUACUCCUGAACCCAGUUCCACCUCCGAGGACGAAGACUCCGAGUCGGACGCACCCGUCGAUGAAGACCUAACUCUCCCCGACGAAGACGAUGAAAAAGACGACGUCUUCACCGACUCCUCAGACGUCAGCGACUCUGCACUCCUCUCCAGUGAUGAGGAGGAGGAAGAGGGGGGCGAUGAUGAGGAGGAUGAUGAAGAUGACAGACUGGCUGAAGGCGUCACUGACAGUGAAGAUGAAGAUGAAGAUGAAAAUGAAGAUGAAGAGCUGGAGCUGGAGCUGGAGCUGGAGCUUCCUCCUGUAGCUGCGGUCAGUGAAGAUGAGGACGAUGAUGAUGAAGAUCAUAAACCUGCAGAAGAUGAUGACGACCAGGAAGAUGACCUUGAGGAAGAGGUCAAACUUCCUGAUGAUGAUGAUGAUGAUGAUGAUGACGAUGAUCUGGAACGAUCAGAUGAAGAAAUCUCUGUUGCCUCGUCUGAGCACUUUGCAGACGAUGAAGAUGACGAUGACGAUGAAGGAGAAGACAGCGACCUUGACAAAGACGUCCACGUUGACUUUGAUGAAGAUGAAGAUGAUGAUGAGGAUAAAACUAAGGAUGAAGAUGAUAAAGAGGAGGAGCAAGAUCACGUCGCUCUCUUUGAGAGUACAGACAGUGGAGUCCUGGGUGACGAUGAUGAUGAUGAGGAUGAUGACGAUUAUGACGAUACUCUGAAAACAGAUGAAGAAUCCAUCGACAGUGACGACACAACCUUUGACACAACUGAGGAUGAUGAAGAUGAAGACGUUGUCUCCAGCUCACCUGAGUUCGUCUUAGUUCAAAAAGACAAAGUCGAGUUACAAGACACAGGAAAAGAUGAAGAUGACGAUGAAGUCACAUCAGAGUCCUUAGCUGCUGAGGAUGAUGAAGAUGAUGAAGAUGAUGACGAAGAUGAUGAAGAUGAAGAUGUCUUGCUGGCAGCCACCACUGCACCAGCAUUUCCUGUCCAGGAGGGGGCAGUGAAGACUGAGGUGGAUGAGGAGGAGGAGGAGGAAGAGGAGGAGAAGAUCAGUGAGGCUGAUGAUGAUGAAGAAAAGAGCAAAGAGGAAGACACUGUGAUCAGACCAGCUGCUGCUGCUGCUGCUGCUGCUGCUGCUGCUGAGGAUGAGGACGAAGACGAAGACGAAGACGAAGAUGAAAAGCUGAUGACUACGACACGGAAAUCUGUGGACGAAGCAGAAGAUAAGAAAGAGGAGUUUGACGAAGAUGACGAUGAGGACAAGAAGGCGACAGUGGACGUGAUUAAGCCUCUGCCUGAACCUGAGGAGGAGGAGGCUGUGAAGAGUGAACCUACAGUUUGUCCCUGUUUGCAUUCGUCCAAAAUCAAAGAGUCUGUGCCCAAAACUGUGGAGAAAAAAGAAGCUCCCAAGAAGGUUUCAGACCUGAGGAGGAAAAAAGGCCGAGAAGUCGUGAAGAUUGAUGAGAAACCAAAAAGGAAAGCUCUUCCCAGAAUCGCCAGUCUGGAACCUAAAGUCAGGAGGAUCAGAAAAUUCCCCGUUUUUCUCAAAGCCAGGAGAGAGGACAAGACCAAGCAGAAGACCAAGACCAGGACCAAGACCAAGACUCCCAAACCAGAGAAAGUGAUCAAAAAAGAAGAAGAAGUCACAGAAUCUGGACAAGAAGUGGGUCCAUGCAGACCUGCACCGGUUUACUGUCCGUCACCACCUGGGUGGUAUGUUCAUCACAUCGUCACAGAUAACCCGUACCCUCCUCCCACCGUUGCAGCUCCGUCUGCUCCUGUUCUGACCGUCCACCCCGGAGCUCCGCCCCUGCAGCCGCUCCACUUUCAACCGUAUCCACUGCACUUGAUGCCGCCCAUGAUGCAGAUGCAACCAGGACCAGAACCAGCUCAGCCGUUGAUGCAGAUGCAUCUGGAACCAGAACCAGCUCAGCCUGUGAUGCAGACUCAACCAGAACCAGAACCAGCUCUGCCAGUGGUGCAGACACAACCAGAACCAGUCCAGCCCAUGGUGACAGAAGCACCAGAACCAGAACCAGAAUCUCCUGCUCUGCCACAGGUCCAGACUCCAGUGGCUGAACCUGAAACUGCAGCUCCAUCGAUUCACGAAUCAGUAGCUGCAGAAGUAAAAGCACAGGCUGUGGCCGCCUCGAUCAAGAAAGCAGCUGAGAAGAAAACAAAAGCUGCUGAAUCAGAGAAAGAGGCAGCAGCAGCCAAAGAGAAGGCAAAGAAAGACGUUUCUGUUUCUAAAGACAAAAGCAAAGCAAAGAAAUGGCCAAGUGCAAAAGAAGAGAAAAUCAAACUUCCUGUUGUGGUUAAAAAAGAAAAAGAAAAAACUAAAACUGCAGCGUUAAAGAAAGAUAAAGUUGUGAAAGAGAAAACUGCUGUGACGUCAAAGAAAGAUAAAGUUGUAAAAGACAAAACUGCUGUGUUAAAGAAAGAUAAAGUUGUAAAAGAGAAAACUAAACCUGCUGUGGCUUCAAAGAAAGAGUCGGCCGCCGCUCGACAGAACAGAAAGUCGACAGUUUCGUCCGUCCGGAGCAAAACAAAGACGUCUGCUGUCAAGAAAGACUCAGAGCCACGUCCACAGCCGCUCAGACUCAGACCGAGACUCCACGACGACGCCUCGAGCAGAGGGAACGUUACGACUCCGGUCAAACACCUGAAACCUGCAAGGUCUUCACCUGAACCAGUUGAACCAGCCAAGUCGAGAUCAGAAACCGUAGCAGAGAAGAAUCGCAAAAGUGAGAAGACGAGCGGCGCUGAAAAGAAAUCUGUCAAAGAGGCUCAAGAAGAGUCUCAAAGUGACGACAAUGCCACAGAAAAGAAAAAAAACAGGCCAGAGAUUCUUCCAGUGCGUCUACGUCCCGGGCAAAAAUGCGCAGUACCCGCUGCGACCUUUCACCCCGGCGAUGUCCCCCGCCAUGAUGUCCCCCGCCAUGAUGUCCCCCGCGCUCAGGUCCAUGUUGGAGCAGCAGAGGGCGACGAGGACGUCGGGCCAAUAAAAAACCAAACCACCUCAAAUAAAUACAAGUACACCUGAUGGUAGUGCUCUCCCAGUCCAGCAGGGGGAGGCGUUUGAAUCUGUGGCGUCCUCCCGACACCUUCGGCGGACGACCUCACACAGACGGACAGAUAAACAGUGGACAUUUUAUUGUCUGUUUUAAUUUAUAUGUGUAUUUAUUUUAUUUCUCCUCGUGGUCGAGCUCCUGGAGUUUCCUGGCGAUGAUUUUCACUCGCUGUGUUUUUGUCGCCACAGGUUUGUCUCUUAGAUUCACACACAGAAGCAUUUUUUAAGCCAUCGAUAUAAUAUUUAAUAUAAUGUACAUACUGCAAAUGUUAGUAAUUGAGGUUUAGAUAAAAAUCCGUGUAUUUUUGCUCAUUUAAGUGAAAUCGUGUUGCAUUUGAAUGACAACACUUUAAGUCACAAAUUCAAAUUUUCAGUUGCGACUUUUUAAAUUUUUAAAUGAUAAAUUUAACAUAUCGUUGUGUUUUCGCUGCUUCUGCGAUCGUUUAGAAUCCCGAGAGCUCCCACAACGUUUGACCCCAGCAGACUCGUCUGUCUCUGAACACGGAUGUCCGUGUCUUAGAUCUCAGUGUGAAGCAGCUGAGGAAGAAGAAAAUGUAGUUUUCCAGAAUCAGAAUUGGCUUGAAUGACCGAGUAUGAGGAACAUGACUCUGGUUAUUUUUUACUCAGUGUACAUACACACACACAAAAUGUGUUCAUAUAGACUUCCCAGAUAUUUUUUUAACCAGAAAAUAUAGAAUAAAUGUGUUUAAAAAUAUUUCAAUGUCAGUUGUAAACAUAGUCCAGGUUUAAUAUACGAGAAUCAUUCUGUUCAUUAAACUUUAAAAUAAAAGACAACAUUUACAGUGCCA